AUGACCCCUCCCCCAUCCAAGAGCAUCCACCACAGCGAGGAAAGUGCAGAAACGAUGGAACUGAACAUAAACACCAUUUCCGCCGCUCUUGAAGCAUUGGAACUUCCCAGUAAUGUCCUGUCAAGAAGUGAUUCCACGUUACUAACUGAUACUAUAGUCACUCACAACGGCGUGGGCGAUGUCCCGAUGGGCAAUCUCAUUGUGGCCAUCGUCUUCUGCCUUCGUCGUUUUGGGAUCAUCGAGUUUUCAAAUGCGCGUCCCAACAACGCAACGCUCAUCGAUCCAGGACCGACCAAAGCUAUCCAUCCCUCCAACAACCGUGCUGCUGAGCGCAAUGCGGUAAUCGAUGCACUGUUCACAGAGCCGGUCGCUAUUCCCGCAGGCAAGUCCCUUUCAAUCCCUGCUCGAGCUGCAACCCAAGCAGCUCAUGGAGAUGGUACCCCUCUCACCAGCGCUAAUGUCUGUAUUUUUGUUGAGGACAGCGACGACGAAGGCAGUCUUUCCUACGUCUCUGACGUAGCUGAUGAUGCCAUGGUAUCUGACGUGGCUUUUGAAUUGGCCUCCUCUGUCGCACCUGCCUCUGCUACUGGGGCUUUCCCCACUCUCUUAGCCAACCCCGUUGCAGCAGCCACCGUUGCAGCAGCCCCCGUUGCAGCAGCCCCCGUUGCAGCAGCCCCCGUUGCAGCAGCCCCCGUUGCAGCAGCCCCCGUUGCAGCAGCCCCCGUCGCAACAGCCCACGUUGCAGCCGCCCACGUUGCAGCCGCCCCUGUCGCCGCAUCCCCCGUCGCUGCCACCCACGUUGCAGCCGCCCCCAUUGCCGCUGCCCACAAUGCAGCAAGAUUUUGUCCUACUUGUCAAACACAAAUUUAUUCCCAUACCCCAGAGCCUUACUAUGUUGUGACUAAAGGAAAGCGAGUUGGCGUGUUUACUGGCUGGCAUAAUGUCUCCCCCCUUGUCACUGGAGUCAGGGGAUCUGUUUACAGGAGGUGCGAUUCUGAGGGUGCCGCUUAUGCCGCCUUCCAAGAGGCUCUUGACGCCGGAAAUGUUGAACUCAAGGGGGUGUAG